ACACUUUCUGGUGCAUACAUUCAAUCAUUAUUUCAUCACCAUCACCAAUUCUCAAAUCGUAAAAAUGGUUGGCAAACUGAAUUAUUCAAAGUGGGACAAUCUUGAAUUAUCAGACGAUAGCGAUGUUGAAGUACAUCCAAACGUGGACAAAAAGUCAUUCAUUCGUUGGAAACAACGUGAUAUUCAUGAAAAACGUGAUGUGCGAAAACAAGAUUUACUAAAUUUGAAAGCCGAAAGAGAGAUCAAUGAUACCUUAAAGCCAAUGUUGGAUGAAGUGACCAAAUCAACAAUCGCAGAAGGAAGCACUUUCUAUUCUAGAGAAGUAUCUAGAUUAACAGCAGGGAGAGCAGAACGUGGAAAUAAAGAUGGUCCAGAAGGUCCUACUUCGGACGAUAUGAUGCUAUCUCUCCUUUUGCAAAUCAAGGAUGAAGAAUCUGUAAAAGGGAAGCAAGGCGAAGAACUAGAUGCAGCACUCGUUGAAAAGCUGAAAGAACAUCAAGGCAAACUCUCCGAAAGGCAAAAAGAAGUCAUCAGCAACAUCGAUAAAUUCGAGCAAGAAGAUAAACGCAAAAUUACCAGCGAUGGAAUACGGGAAGGAUGGUCUUCUGGAUAUGUGAACAAAGAGAAAGAGGAAGAGAUUGCAUCGUCAUCCAAAUCCAAAGGCAAGACCAAAGAGACAAGUAUCGAGACGCUAAAUUCCGGAUCAAGCUCAGCAGCUGCACCAUCGGGUCAGGUGCAGAAGAAGACUGGCGGCGAUGAUGACGAUGACGAAGAGCUACCCACACUUCUUCCAUCUGUGGCUGCUUUCGCUAAAUUACCAAGCUGCUUGCCUAACCUACCGCUCACAGCAGCAUCGCUACCGCCUACCUUUAACCCGAUGCGUGAUGUGAAAGCAGAGCCUUUCGAUAUUGCUGUUCAACAUUUAUCAAAACACAAAGAAAUCAUUCGUGAAGACACAAAUGCAACAGACGCUCUACUUGUAGAAGCAUUCCAAGCACAAAUGCGUGGAGAAGGUGCAUUAUCGCGAAAGUGUGUCGAAAAAGGAUUAUUGGUUCAAUAUUGCAACAAAUUGGGCAAAGAUGGUGUUAAUUUAUUCUUUCAACGUAUGCGUGGUUCCGGUGGAAAGGCGGCUGUGGUGUAUUUCAAUGACGUUUUGAGUACGUACACUCGUAUUGCUGAACGUUGUAAAGCCAUUCAAUCCGAACAAGGAAGUACGGGCGAAUCAGGUACAGGAGUCGGAGAAGAACAAAUUCAAUUGGUAGCCGAAGAUCCAAACACUGUCAUCUCUUUCGAAGUGCCUGAAGGACCACCACCGGAAAAGAUUGAAUUAGAUGCUGAAUUGGCCGAAAAGAUGGACGUUGAGCAAGUUCGUGCCGUUUUACAACAAAGAUGGGAUAUGUAUCAAUCUUUCCCUGAAAAUUUCAGAAAAGCAUUGGAAUCCAAAUCACUCGAAGAGGUGAACAAGAUUCUUGGAUCGAUGAAAGUUGAAGAAGCAGAAGAGAUUGUAGGCAAAUUGGAUCAAGCAGGAAUCUUGAAUUUCAGCAGUAGUGAAGUACGUGAUGAGACUGGAAAAUAGAAGAACUGCGAUCACAAUUGUAUAUAUUGGGCAUAAUAUGAAUGAAUAUUGUAUAUUGCAAGAGUACAUUG